AUGAGCUUCCGAUCGCUAUGGGCGCGCGCACGAGGGAGCUUCCUUGGUGACACGGCAAUCCGCCUGGUCGGCAUCGCGACCUGGAUCCCCGUCGUCAUCUGGUUUAACGACCAUGUCGCGACCGUGACAAAGAUCAGCGGCGCCUCCAUGUACCCGUACUUUAACGAGGACCGCAACAGCACCAUAAUCCGCGACCUGGUGCUGAACUGGAGGUGGCACGCGAACGAGGACCUCAGGAGGGGCAUGAUUGUCACCUUCAGGAGCCCGUUUCACCCAGAGACCGUCGCCGUGAAGAGAAUCAUCGCCUUGGAGGGAGACCAUGUCAAGACACGGCCGCCGCACCCCCAGCCGAUGGUCAGAGUGCCGCAGGGCCACAUCUGGGUCGAGGGCGACGGCCCUGCGGACCAGACGCUGGACAGCAACACCUACGGCCCCAUAUCCAUGGAAUUGGUCACGGGAAAGAUUGUGUGGUUCUUGUACCCCUUCCGCAAGUUUGGAAGGACGAAGUGGGAGGACUUUAAGAUGAAGCCGCGGGAAACCUGGUGCCGACUGCGACAGACGCACCCGCAAAUGUCUGUCGCUGACCGCCUCGUCAGCUACUUUGCUCCGGCCGAUAACAGCGCGCGAACGAUUCAGGGGGAGCUUACGGUUUCCAACCCGGCGGCGGCGGCUUCAAUUGCGGGGGAUAGUCAUGCCGGACAGACGGGAGGACUCUUGCCGGAUAUCAAAAUCAGCGGACAACCACUCGUUCAGGAUAUGGGGCAGGGACAUGGAGAUCUCGAAGAGGAGGGCCGCCCGCCCUACUUCCACGCCAUGAUUGCGGGAGGUCUCGGGGGCUCGACAGGAGAUAUGCUUAUGCACUCCCUGGACACAGUCAAGACGCGCCAGCAGGGCGAUCCGCACAUCCCGCCAAAGUACACAUCACUGGGGUCGUCAUACUACACGAUAUGGAGGCAAGAGGGCAUCCGGAGAGGUCUUUACGGCGGAUGGGUGCCGGCAUUGGGCGGAUCGUUCCCGGGCACCAUGCUAUUCUUUGGCACAUACGAAUGGAGCAAGCGGUUCCUCAUCGAUCAUGGCCUGCAGCACCAUUUGGCGUAUCUAACAGCAGGCUUGCUGGGAGACUUUGCCGGUUCCAUCGUCUACGUUCCGUCCGAAGUACUAAAGACUCGCAUGCAACUGCAGGGACGCUACAACAACCCUUAUUUCAAGUCAGGGUACAACUACAAGGGCACAAUUGACGCCGCAAGAACCAUUGUCCGCCACGAAGGCCCGGCUGCGCUGUUUUACGGCUACCAAGCGACGCUCUACCGCGAUCUCCCCUUUUCAGCGCUGCAGUUCAUGUUUUGGGAGCAGUUCCACGCCUGGGCCCGCCAGUACAAGCAGAGCAGGGACAUUGGAGUGCCUCUGGAGCUUUUGACUGGCGGUCUGGCAGGCAGUUUGGCCGGCGUAAUGACGUGUCCUCUCGACGUCGUCAAGACACGGCUGCAGACACAAGUGCAUCCCGAUCUCUUGCCCAAGGACAACAAGCCGACAGCCAAGGGCGCGGCGCACACCUCUGCGGCCAAGUCCCAGACGCGCAACAUCUCCACGUCAUCGCCGUCGACGCACACACCGCGACCCGGCGCGGUGAAUCUCCAGACGUCUUCCGUCAUCACCGGCCUCAAGGUCAUAUACCAGACGGAAGGCAUCAGCGGGUGGUUCAGGGGUGUUGGUCCCCGUGGCGUGUGGACCUUUAUCCAGAGCGGCACCAUGCUGUUCUUGUACCAACGUAUUCUCAAGCAACUAGAGGUUUGGGACAGCGCUGCAGAGAGGGAAAGCAGCAUUUGA